AUGACCUUUAAAGCUCAUCGGAACACGAAAGCAACAACUACAACAACAAAUAUUCCAAGUGAAAGAGAAUUCUUAUUUGACGAUAUAGACGCUGAAAUAAAUAUCAAUCAAAUAAAUAUAAACAUCCUAUCACCAGCUACAAAUACCAGAUUAAUGGCCAAUAGAGCCAAUAAAGAAAUACUUGCUUGCAUCAGCAUAACCGAAGCUUGGACGAACUUAAAGAAAAUGAGCAUUACAUCGAGACGCGAAUGUGUGAUUGAACUGCAAUCUAUUCACAUAUUUGGUAUAAACCGUGAUAACCAAUAUCGACCUAUAUUGGUUAAACCACUCCUGUCAUCAUCGUCUCCAAUGGUACAUGUCGAAUUUGAAUUGUUUACCGCAAAUCCAAAAUCAGACAAUCGUCUUAAUUUGAUUAUGGAACCAUUUGAAUUUAUCUAUGAUGCUGUGAGUAAAAAGAAAAUAUAUUUAAUAUUGGCAAUAAAUCAACCCAUUAAACCAUAUUUUUCAGAUAACUAA